CUUCCUCAGGCCGCCGCUUACCCCGGGGUCUAUGGAAGUAAUGGAAGGACCCCUCAACCUGUUUGUCUUCACAGCAGAUGGUGGCAGUUCUGAAGAAAAGUAAGCUACACUGGAAAGGAAGUAGGAAAAAAGAUGCAGCAGAGCUGCAUGUGGGAGAAAUUGAUCCUUAGACUUAAAAUCAAAAACAGGUCUUGGACUUCUCUAACACUUGAACAGUUAUCGCUCAUCAACAGAGCAGACGAGCAGAUCGUUUAUUAGCUGCAGGGAAAUACGAAGAGGCUAUUUCUUGUCACAAAAAGGCUUCAGCAUAUCUUUCUGAAGCCAUGAAGCUCACACAGUCUGAGCAGGCUCAUCUGUCACUGGAAUUGCAAAGGGAUAGCCACAUGAAACAGCUGCUCCUCAUCCAGGAGAGGUGGAAAAGGGCCAAGCGGGAGGAGAGACUGAAAGCCCAGCAGAGCACAGACAGGGAGGCGGCCGCCCAGCUGCAGGCAUCUCCCAGGCCCUCUUCUGAGGACGCCGAGGGCCAGAGUCCCCUUCUCUCUGAGAAAUACGGCCCUUCCGCGGAGAAGCGUCUGCCUGAAAUUCAGGGGGUCUUUGACAGGGACCCAGACACACUCCUGUUUUUACUUGAGCAGAAGCGUGAGCCGGCAGAGCCGCGCGUCGGAAGCAGAGCCCCCAAAGAUGAUAAGACAGUCAUAGAGGAGCAGGCGACCAAGAUCGCCGAUUUGAAGAGGCACGUGGAGUUCCUCGUGGCUGAGAAUGAAAGAUUAAGGAAGGAAAAUAAACAGCUGAAGGCCGAGAAGGCCAGACUUCUAAAGGGCGCAGUAGAGAAGGAGCUGGGUGUGGAUGCUGACUUCGUAGAAAAGUCGGAGCUGUGGAGCUUGCCGCCGCCUCCCGAGACCGCCGAGGCCUCGUCCGGCUGGCAGAGCCUGGCCGCGAGCGCGGGGAGAGCCAAGGACAUCCCCAUACCCAGUCUCCCGCCCCUGGAUUUCCCGUCCCCGGAGCUUCCCCUUAUGGAGCUCUCGGAGGAUCUUCUGAAAGGGUUUAUGAAUAAUUGAAACGGAAGGCCAUACAAGAGCUGAGGAGACAAGACAAAAUAAUAGAGUAAUACAGUUCAUCCAGAAAAAAAAAGGGAAAACCACACGGGGGGCGAUAGCAGAGACGGGCCGGGGAGGGGGGGGGCCCGCGGGGCCGGGAAACGCUCACUGUGACGCGUCCCGUGUGCGGCGGAGCCCGGGUGCUGAGGACUCCAGACGGGCCAGACACCAGGCUCCCGGGGGCUCCCUCUCUCCUGAUACAAACCAAAUGGCUACCUGGAAUAACUUUUUCAAGCAACAGUUAUUUUUCUUAUCUUCAGGGUUAAAAUGUAUAAAAGUCUGUUAUGUAUAAUUAAUCUAUAAUGCCAUAAAUGAUAAUGCAAAACCUAAAUAAUAUGGCGGCCUGAGGGGCCACCUUGUAUUUGAAACAUGCUUUCUAUCAUGCAUUGACUCUAUGCAUUUUGUUAUGCACAUUUCGUUUGUUGAGUAAGGUGUGUAAGACACACCUUUCUAGCUGAAACUCUGUGCGCCACACUUUGCACUACUCAUGACAUAAUGAGAACCUCAAGACUAUCAGGAGAAAUAUUUAAAUUUCCAUUUUAUGAAGAAAGGAACCAAAUUGUUAUUUUUUUUUAAAUUACCAGUUUACAUAAUUAAUCAGGGUGCAUUUUAAGUUCUGUUUUAUUGUUUAAAUGUAUCAUUUGAAAGUACUAAGGAAAUAUCCUUUUCUUUACUGAUGCAUGAGUGGAAGUGAUGGUAGUUGGCAGUGUUUGAUUGUAAGAAGUCAAUAAAGUAAUUGUGUUUUAUACCUUU